AUGAGCCACAGAUUUGAGGGCUGCAAGAAGGCCUUUUCAAGGCUAGAAAAUCUCAAGAUUCACCUGAGGAGCCACACAGGAGAGAAACCAUACCUGUGCCAGCAUCCAGGAUGUCAGAAAGCCUUCAGUAAUUCCAGUGACCGAGCCAAGCACCAGAGAACCCAUCUGGACACUAAACCUUAUGCAUGUCAAAUUCCAGGAUGUACCAAACGCUACACAGAUCCAAGUUCCCUAAGAAAGCACGUCAAGGCACAUUCUUCCAAAGACCAACAGGCAAGAAAAAAGUUGCGGUCAAGCAUGGAGCUCGAUCAAGAUAUUUUCAAUAAUUGCCUCACCAUUCAGCCUCUCCAACCUACUACUUCUCCACAGGAUGUUGUAGAUGGUACCAUGGGAAGAUCUCCGGGAUCUGUCCACGACAUCUAUUCAGCCACGAUUUUCUCCAGCACUCACUCAAGCCGGAGUGGAACAGCUGCUGGGGCUGGGCCUCCCCCACAUCCCGUCAGUCACCCUUCUCCGGGACAUAAUGUACAGGGGAGCCCCCACAACCCCUCCUCCCAGUUACCUCCUCUCUCGGCUGUGGACUCAGGAACUGAAAGGUUUGCCCCUUCUGCUCCAUCGCCCCACCAUAUCAGCCCCAGGAGAAUGCCAGCCCCCACUUCAGUCAUGCAGAGACAACCACCUUCCCAUGUUCAGCAGUCAGCAGGAUCACACUUGAAGUCAUACCAGCCAGUAACGAGUUCUUCCUUUCAACCAAAUGGCAUCCAUGUUCAUGGAUUCUACGGGCAGCUGCAGACAUUUUGUCCCCCUCAUUACAGCGAUCCUCAGAGAAACAUGGCCCAUGGCAACUCCUGCAAUAUGGUGCCUUCCUUUGAAGACUGCCUUGUCCCUGCAUCCAUGGGCCAGGCAGGGUUUGAUGUUUUCCACAGAGCUUUUUCAGCUCAUUCAGGCAUUACAGUGUAUGAUCUGCCAUCAGGUCCCACUGGUAUCUUUGGAGAAUCUCUACGAAAUGGACCUGAAGAUGCAACCUUCCUGCAGAUCAGUGCUGUGGAUCGCUGCCCCAGCCAGCUCUCUUCUGUCUAUACUGAAGGCUAAAAGCCACCCAGGCAUCUAAUGCUCAUCUGCAAACCUUCUCCUUCAAAUCCCCUUCACCUUCAUCCCAGUCAGGACCCCCAGUGCCCGAGUUUGCAAAGCCCAGGGGCACAGAAGGAUCCUUGCAGAAGAGGAAUGGAAGAUGUGAGUCAUCACCAAGCCUUCAGAAGCCUUUCUCCUUCUAUUUGCUGAGUCACAUGACAACCCCAACUAUCUUUUCAAAGGGAAUUCGAAGACUAAAUGAGAAAGUAGCUGUUGUUGGGAGACUUUUCACAGGGAACCACUGACAUCAUCAAAAAAAAGUGCAGGCUUGGUUUGGGGAUGACUCUCUUUUCACACAAGGACAUUGAGGCACAGUACAAGCCUCUUAAGGCACAGAACUAUGCCAGGCACAUGGCUCUGUGGUGCUUCUGCAGCUAAGCAAAGCCAAACAUAAAAGGGAAAAAAGUAAGAGCUUCUGACAGAUGCCAUUGGUGGCACCACCUCCCAGAGGCCCUCCAGGGCUGUCCCCCAGCCCUGGGAUCUCCAGCAAGCUUGGUUCAGCUCUCCCAUUUUAUACCCACAGGCUUACCAGUAGAUUGCUCUUUGCUAUUUCUCCAAUUACAUUAUUUUAUGCAGUGAAUAAAAAGAACCUGCCAAGUACAGUGACUUGAAAGACAACUUACUUUUAUCCAAGCCAAUUCUUCCACUUGUGAGAAUUAGGGUACCUUUUUGUCACUUAAAAGAAGAAAAAAUAAACAAAAAACCCAACAACAACUUUCCUGCGGCCUAUUUCUGGCACAGCCAAAUAAGUAAAUUAAGCACCCCUACUUGUAUUUCCCCACCCUUUAAAAUCCUGCCCACACAGACCCAGCAGUACUUGGGAGUAUUUUGACCUUUCAGUUUUGUAGGUAGCAGAAGAUGAGUGACUGAAUUAUACUAGCUGCACUCCUCCGGCACUGAAUGCAAAGUCUUAGAGCUGAUUUAAUUCAGUAAGAUUUGGGCCUCCCACUUUAAGGAACUCAUGCCAAGAGAAGGGCUACAAACUGAUCAAUUAAUUCCUCUUUUGGUGCUGUGGCCAGGUGAGAUAUUAGCAGGCCUUUAGCUGGAUGAGGCAGAGUCUGGAGGAGCUGAGAGGAAGGAGGGAGCUUCCAGUCAUGACAUAUGUAUAGGAGGAACAGAAUGGGGGACUGAGGUGAACAGUUACUUUGUAAAUACUGCCCUCCCUUCUCUUCUAGACUGGUUCUGUUCUCUUUGCUCUUCCUUUUCCCCUUCUCUCCAUCUCUUCCCCACCUGUCUCUUCCUCCUCAACAGCCCCGGCUUAGACCCAGGCCACUCCACCCCUAACACCCAGUUACCAGCUUUGGAGAGAACGGGUAAGAAACCAGUUGAAACUGAAAAUGGAGGAAGUUUGAGACAGAGAAUACAGAUUAGGGGAUGGAAGAGAGACAGGAAGCCACCAUUUCUGAAAUGCUAGCUUGGAAGCCCAGAAUUUAAAUUUUGCCCUAUCUUGGUACAUAAAUUUCAAGACUAGGUGGAAAGCCACUAUUUCUGAUAUCUUUUUAAAAAUAACAAGUUCUGGGGCAUGACUAUGAAAAUAUGAAAAUGUUCAAAAUACACUAAGGAACACUUUGAUACCAUUAUAUUUAAAGAUUAAAGAUACCUUUCUUUUUUAUUUAUAAUAGCAGAAGGGAAAUAACCUCAUUAGCAAAGCUAUUACUAGGACAAUAAAGAAAUCUGGUGUUGUGCCUAAAAUCAUGGGUAAUUUCAAAUACUGCUGAACAACUUGCAAGCUUCAGUAGUAAAUCUUUUCCUACAGGAUUCUGAAGUUCAGUCCCAAUAUUGUGUAAUGACAAGUUGAGAGAAGAACAUGUGUGUCAGUCUAUAACAGGGGUGUCAAACACACAGCCCGCAGGCUCCAUUGCAGCAACACCCCCAAGUGGACCAGAACCAGAUUAAACUGUAACUGGAAAAUAUUUAACAAAAUAAAUAAAGAUUACAAUAUAAUAUAGAUCAUGUUAAUAUGUUGUUUUCUAAGUCAAUAUGUGGCCUGCAGGGGUCCUUAUGCAUGAUUUAGUGGCCUGUUUCAAUUUGAGUUUGAUACCACUGGUCUACACUAUGGACCCAGGUGAAAAUAGGCUAACUUUUCUGUACACAAAUGGACCCUAAUAUAAGAAAAACCAGUAAAUAAAGAUUCAAACUUAUAAGCACUUAAUUGGGGAGCAAUUAUUUUGUUUUAUGUAAAGUUACUCCAGUACAUUCAAAAUGAAAUUUAGAAGCAAAAAUUGAACUGCUUUGCACAUUUUCAGGAGCCUAUAAAACAAUAAGUCA